GCCACCGCCAUCAGCUGCCGCAGAACCGAGGAAGAGGAAGGGGCGGAGCUGCUUUGUGGCUUGUCUCCGAGCAGUCAGCCGACUGUAGCUGGGGGAGGUCAUCGGUGUCCCUGGCACCGCCUGGGAUCCUGAGAGCCAACCAGGGCCUACACCAGCCGGGGCCGGGCGGGCGGACAGCCUGGUCCAGGAAGCCGGGCAAUGUCCCGUCACGGAGUGUCUCCUGGCCAGGGCCGCCCCAGGUCGGGCCGGGAGCAGACACUGGACAGGUCCUCGGGGGCCCCCGGCCUCAGGCUCCUGUGGAUGGGCUUGGCGCUGGCGCUGGGCUUGCCCGGCUCCCAGGUUCUCUGGUCCCGUGCCGGGGCCCACCCUCUUCCCGCCCAAGGCCAUACGAAGUUCAUGCUCAUAGAGCCCCGACUCCGGGAGGCCUUUAGCUGGUGGAACCUCAGCUGCCCCGCCUGCAAAGGACUGUUCACCGCCGUGGACAUCGGGCUGAGGAACGAGGCCAGUGUGGCCUGGGUGGGCUCUGUGGCCAUCAAGAUGUGCACGCUGCUGAAAAUAGCCCCGCCUGCUGUGUGCCAGUCAGCUGUCCAGCUCUUCGAGGACGACAUGGUGGAGGUGUGGACGCGCUCAGUGCUGAGCCCAUCUGAGGCCUGUGGUCUGCUCCUGGGCUCCUCCUGUGGGCAUUGGGACAUCUUCUCAUCUUGGAACAUCUCUUUGCCAGCUGUGCCAAAGCCGUCCCCCCAGCCGCCCAAGCCCCCAGCCCCAGGCUCCCCUGUCAGCCGCGUCCUCUUCCUCACUGACCUGCACUGGGAUCAUGACUACCUGGAGGGCACAGACCCCGGCUGUGAGAACCCGCUGUGCUGCCGCCGGGAUUCUGGCCUGCCGCCUGCCUCCCGGCCAGGUGCUGGAUACUGGGGCGAGUACAGCAAGUGUGACCUGCCCCUGCGGACGCUGGAGAGCCUGUUGAGUGGGCUGGGCCCCGCUGGCCCUUUUGAUAUGGUGUACUGGACGGGCGACAUCCCUGCCCAUAACGUCUGGCAGCAGUCUCGUCAGGACCAGCUGCGGGCCCUGACCACCGUCACAGACCUCGUGAAGAAGUUCUUGGGGCCAGUACCUGUGUAUCCUGCCGUGGGCAACCACGAGAGCACACCCGUCAAUGGCUUCCCUCCCCCCUUCAUAGAGGGCAACCAGUCUUCCCACUGGCUCUAUGAGGCGAUGGCUAAGGCGUGGGAGCCCUGGCUGCCUGCUGAAGCCCUUCGCACCCUCAGAAUUGGGGGGUUCUAUGCCCUUUCCCCACGCCCCGGCCUCCGCCUCAUCUCUCUCAAUAUGAAUUUUUGUUCCCGUGAGAACUUCUGGCUCUUGAUCAACUCCACAGAUCCCGCUGGACAGCUCCAGUGGCUGGUGGGGGAGCUUCAGGCUGCUGAGGAUCGAGGAGACAAAGUGCAUAUAAUUGGCCACAUUCCCCCAGGGCACUGCCUGAAGAGCUGGAGCUGGAAUUAUUACCGAAUUGUGGAGAGGUAUGAGAACACCUUGGCCGCUCAGUUCUUUGGUCACACCCACGUGGAUGAGUUUGAGGUCUUCUAUGAUGAGGAGACCCUAAGCCGGCCACUAUCUGUAGCCUUCCUGGCCCCCAGCGCCACCACCUACAUCGGCCUCAAUCCUGGGUACCGCGUCUACCAAAUAGAUGGCAACUACUCGGGGAGCUCUCACGUGGUCCUGGACCACGAGACCUACAUCCUGAACCUGACACAGGCGAAUGAGCCAGGAGCCACACCACACUGGCAGCUCCUCUACAGGGCUCGGGAAACCUACGGGCUGCCCGACCUGCUGCCCACUUCCUGGCACGACCUGGUGUACCGCAUGCGGAGCGACGCACGGCUUUUCCAGACCUUCUGGUUCCUCUACCAUAAGGGCCACCCACCCUCAGAGCCCUGUGGCACGCCCUGCCGCCUCGCUACUCUGUGCGCCCAGCUCUCCGCCCGGUCGGACAGCCCUGCUCUGUGUCGCCACCUGCUGCCAGAUGCAAGCCUCCCUGAUGUCCAGCGCCCAUGGCCAAGGCCACCAUUGUGCUAACACCCCCAGGGCCCAGAGGUGGGAAAGUGCUUGUUUUAGAAAGGAGCGAAAACCCCAGAGGGCCACUGUGGUGAGAAGAAUGUCUGGUGGCAGAGCCUGUCCCUGGGCCCAGGCACACCUCACUAACAAGACCUCCUUUCCUGGAUCUGGUUUAUGGGAGGAGGGUUGGCGGCUCCGCGGCUUCUGUCCUUUCAUGGCCAUGGAGCAGAGGUCUAAGCUGGCACUGCCCUGGGAAGCCCAGACAGAAGCUGUCACCCCAGGCCUGUGCUGGCCAGCCAGGAACCCUGUCCUGCUGCUACUGCCUGGCUACCAGGCUGUUAAAAUAAAAACAAGAGACUUGGACUCCA